GCGGUUCUGAUGGUCCUUCUGGCAAUAGUGGACGUAAGCCAACGCAUCUUCUUUAUGACGGGAGGUCAGGAGGUAGCGGUAAAUUCCGGUUCUUGGUUAAAGACAGUAUCACGAGCGAUGUCACAGAAUACGACGAGAUUUUUGAUAUACGUUUGCACCACGUCGUUGCUCAUUCUGCUACGGGAGUUUUUGAACCCGAAGCUCAAAUUUACGUAGAUACGUUGACGAUUCUCAAUACAUCUAUAAUGCCCACACCGAGGCGAGAUAUCUGCGUUAAUGUGAAUGACAAC